AUGGUCAGCGCCAAGAGACUCCUCCAGAUGGCCGCCCUCGGGAGACCAAGGAUCCUUCUGUCCAGACCAGCACACGAAACCACCGUGCCGCUGCGCAGCAACCCCUCCUGCUCUGCACCCAGCAAGGGAACUUUCGUGGUCUACUCUCGGGACGGUGGACGCUUUGUGGUUCCCUUGGUUUACCUCGACAUCCCCGUCUUCCGGGAGCUCCUCGAGAUUUCCAAGGAGGAAUUCGGACUUCCCGGCGACGGCCCCAUCGUGAUACCAUGCGAUGCGGCUCUGAUGUCUCAAAUCGUCGCGGCGCUCAGCAGAGGGGCACCUCGAGAGGCGGAGAAGGCCCUUCUCUGCACCAUCGCGGGGGCGCGGUGUUCAUCCUCGUCCUCGCCCCCGCAAGGCGUUGCCCACCGGUCAUUGCUCGUCGCUGGUUUCUGA